UCUUCAGAUGGUGGCUGGCCACCCAACCCCACCCCUGGGCUUGGCUUGGAGCCCUGAGUCAGCUCCAUCUCCACCCAAGCCAAAUCAAACCUGAGGCAGGAGCCGAAACUCACAGUUCCUCAAGGCCUAUAGCCAGGUGAUGGAGGAUGAGGAGAAGGCAGUGGAGAGCUUGGUGAGCAACAUGGAAGCUGCUCGUUCUCCAUCCCCAAUUCGCUGCUGCUGGCUCCGCCUCCGCUACUUGGCAGCUACUAGCAUUGUAUGUGGCUGCUCUUGCCUGGGAGUCGUGGCCCUUGUGUUUGCCAUCAAGGCGGAAGAGCGGCAUAAGGCAGGCCGGUUGGAGGAGGCAGUGCACUGGGGGGCCCGGGCCCGGAGGUUCAUCCUGGCCAGCUUUGCCGUCUGGCUUGCUGUCCUCGUUCUGGGCCCCCUGCUUCUAUGGCUGCUCUCCUACGCCAUCGCCCAGGCUGAGUGACCCUGGCUGGCCUUUGCUGAGAGUCAGCCGAGACAUCCUGGAUCCUGCAGUGCGGCAUUGUUAGGGUCUGGUGCCAACAAAGGUACUUCCUGGCUGGAAGGAUGGUGCCUCUCUCAAAGGGCUUUGGAAGAGGUCUUUAGCCCUUUAUAAAAGGCAGCAGCUGAGACUCAUGAGGGGCGGUCAGCCUGCUCUGUUCUUUCAGUGCCCACCAUCCCCUAUUCUCCCCAAUCUACUCCAUCCUAGGGGUCUCUAGGAGGUGGGGUUGCAGCCCAGGCCUGAUUUUAUUAGUGUUUGUUUUGUAAUAAAAAUCUUUUUUAGUGGUGAAA